UACGUGGGACCGGCCUAGAAAAAAAAACCCUCUGCUCCAGCCAGGAAAUAAUGUUCCGGCCAGUGAGCCUGUUGAGGAUGUUACCAUGGCGACACACACAUCGGGGCCUGCGGGGGGCACCUGCUAUGUUGAGCACGGCUGCAGGAGGCAGGAAGGAGACGCAAGCUGUCAUCUUUGACAUGGGAGGAGUGAUUCUGCCCUCACCCCUUGCACUUUUUAAAAGUUUUGAGCAGACAUCUGGUCUGCCAGAGGGGACAAUAUUACAGACAAUCCUGUCUAACAAAGUGAGCGGUGCAUGGACCAGACUUGAAGAGGGGAAACUGACAAUGACCGAGUUUGCUACACAGUUUGGCAAGGAGUGCUCAGAUAUUCUCGGUAGACCAGUAGACAUGGCCGGCCUUAUGCCCAGUUUCAACAAGUACAACGGUGUAGCGUACCCACAGAUGAUCGACGCAGUACAAUGUGUAAGAGCAGAGGGUUUAAAGACGGCCCUCCUCACGAAUAAUUGGUUCAAUAUCAACAACGAAGACAGCUAUAUUCCUGUGGAUCUUGCCAUGUUUGAUGUGGUUGUGGAGUCUUGUAAAGUGGGCUACAGGAAACCCCACCCAAAGAUCUAUGAAAUUGUCCUGGAUAAGCUGGGUGUCGCCCCAGAGCGGUGUAUCUUCCUGGAUGAUAUGGGAGGGAACUUGAAGGCUGCGGCACAGUUCGGCAUUAGAACCAUUAAGGUAACAGACCCAGACCAGGGAGUGCGUGACCUUGAGAAAGAACUUGGGCUUACAUUAAGAGGUUACAUGCCCGGGACCUCAUCAGUGCCACCCAGACUUAGACUGGAUGAGAAAAAACUUAAGAGCUUUCUUAACUGGCAGCUUAAACUACAUUCUAAAGAUCUUACAGAGGAGCCCAUCUUGCGGUGUUUUUCCCACGGUCAGUCCAACCCAACCUACUUUAUCAAGUAUGCAGACAAAAACAUGGUCCUGAGGAAGAAACCGCCUGGCAAGUUGUUACCAUCAGCCCAUGCUGUAGAAAGGGAAUACAAGAUAAUGAAGGCUGUGAAACCACAUGGAGUUCCUGUGCCAAAGAUGUUGGCCCUCUGUGAAGAUGAUAGUUUGCUUGGAACACCAUUCUACAUUAUGGAGCAUGUCCCAGGAAGGAUAUUCAAGGACCACUUGCUUGAGGACUGUACACCGGAGGAGAGGCGAGCCAUAUACUCGGAGAUGGUCAACACGCUGUGUAAGAUACACUCUGUCAACAUUGAUGCUGCUGGAAUACAGGACUAUGGCAAGCAAGGUGGCUACUUAAAGCGUAACUUCCAUCGCUGGUCGAAGCAGUAUGAAGCGAGCAAGACUGGGGAGAUCGAGAGUAUGGACAAGCUGAUUGAGUGGAUUCCCCAGAACCUACCGGCUAAUGAAAAAUGUACCAUAGUGCAUGGAGAUUUCAGGCUAGACAACCUGAUAUACCACACACAUCGGCCAGAAGUUUUGGGCGUUCUAGACUGGGAGCUGUCCACAUUAGGGGACCCGCUAUCUGACCUUUCCACACUAGUCAUCUGCUACUAUAUACCACCCGGGUUUCCCAUGUUCCCCUCCUUUAUUAAUGAGGACCUCAAGUCCCUGGGGAUCCCAGAAGAGCAUGAACUUAUACAGAUGUACUGUCAACGUAUGGGAAUUCCCAUGAUAGAGCCACAUGUCUGGAAUUUCUAUGUGGCAUUCAACUUCUUCCGAUUUGCGGCCAUUCUGCAGGGGGUCUACAAACGGGCUAUCACUGGUCAAGCAGCCGCUCCGGAUGCUGAAAUAGUCGGCCUGUACGCCAAAGAAGUUGCCAACAAAGCCUGGGAGGUUGCAUCCCGUAGCAACCAAAAAUCAACCAAUCAGGGCUCUCCGUUGUCCAAUACGAGUUCAGGGUCUGGUAGACGCAGCUAUAGUACAUCAACAACAUCCAGCAUGGCCAAUACAGGUGUAAUGGUAGUGACUGUGGAGGGUCUAGGAGAGAGGGCCAGAAGCCUGCAUAAACAAGUGAAAGAGUUUAUAGAGACGCAUGUAGCCCCUGUAGAACAGCAAUAUGUGGCUCACACUCACAGCCAGGAUAGGUGGAAGAUAUUUGAGCCUAUGGAACAGCUGAAGGAGAAGGCAAAAGCAGCUGGCCUUUGGAAUUUGUUUUUACCCCGUGAGUCUGACCCAGGGGGAAAAUAUGGAGCUGGGCUUUCCAAUGUGGAGUAUGCCUUCAUUUGUGAAGAGAUGGGAAAAUACCUGAUAGCUCCAGAGGUGUUCAACUGCUCGGCCCCUGACACUGGUAAUAUGGAGGUCCUGGUGAAGUACGGGACAGAGGAACAGAAACAAAAAUGGUUGACUCCAUUGUUAAAAGGGGAGAUCAGGUCGUGUUUUGGCAUGACAGAGCCUGCCGUGGCUUCCUCAGAUGCAACAAACAUACAGUCAUCAAUCAUUAGAGAGGGGGACAGCUACGUUAUCAAUGGGCACAAGUGGUGGACUUCAGGCGCCAUGCAUCCCCAAUGCAAGCUGUGUAUCUUCAUGGGCAAGACUGACCCAAAGGCAAAGACCCACUCACAACAGAGCAUGAUCCUCGUUCCUAUGGACGCCCCAGGGGUCAAGAUUGUACGAGCCCUAAGUGUGUACGGCUAUGAGGACCCUCCAGCUGGGCAUGCUGAAGUGAUAUUUGAGAAUGUCCGGGUACCAGCAUCCAACAUGCUGUUAGGAGAAGGCCGAGGAUUUGAGAUAGCUCAGGGUAGACUGGGACCAGGCAGGAUUCACCAUUGAAUGAGAUUUAUAGGCCAUGCUGAGAGAUCUUUAAAUCUUAUGAUUGACAGAACAAUGAAUAGAGUGGCAUUUGGCAAGCCACUAGCUGCCCAGGGCACAAUACAGGCUGAUGUGGCUCAGUCUAGGAUAGACAUUGACCAGACCAGACUGAUGGUUCUGAAGGCUGCUCACAUGAUGGACAACUUCGGAAACAAAGUUGCUGCCAAUGAGAUAGCUAUGAUCAAAGUAGCUGCCCCCAAUAUGGCGUUACGGGUGAUUGACAGAGCUAUUCAGGCCCAUGGUGGAGCGGGUUUACAUGAUGACCUCCCCUUGGCAUCGUUUUAUGCUUGGGCUCGGGUUUUACGGUUAGCAGAUGGCCCAGACGAAGUGCAUCUCCGAUCUAUUGCCAGGAACCAGUACAAAAAAGCUGCAAAGUUAUAGACUCGGUUAACCUGAUGUGCAAGGACUGGUCUACGUAUUUUUUUAAAAAGUGAUCCCAGGAACCAGUAUAAAAAUGCUAAGAUACUGUAGACUGGUUCAAGCUUUUGGAAGACAAAAACCAGUAUAAAAGACUUAAAAAAUGAUGCAAGUAGAAUGGUUUCAGCUGAUGUUAAUAGACUGAUCUACAUUCUUCUUUUAAAAAAAGGGAUGCAAGAAAUAUAUAAAAAAGGAAGAAAAGGACUCCUUUGGUUCAAGUUGUAAUAUGAGUUGAAAGGUUUAUAAUAAUGCUUUAAAAGUGAUGCUUAUUUCAUGCAAUCAUUGGAACACUGAUUUUAGUAAGAGACUGUGAUUGUUUUGGUGAAAGCACAAUUAUGUGCUCAUUUUGUUAUAUAUUCAGAAUUGCCAGUUUAUAAUGAUGUUUUCUAUAACUUUAUACCUUAAAUAAAGUGUUCUGAUACGAAGUGCUAUUAUUACAAUUUCAGGCACAUAAUUAUAGUAUGCAUAAUAAUACAUACAUAAGUUUUUGUUGACAUAUUUUAAUACAUUUACAUUUAACAUUAAUUUUAUUAAAAAAGAUACAAGUUGCAAAUAAAUAAAUGAAUAAAAGUUUGCUUGUUCUUUUU